GGCUUUUUAUAUUUUAGCUUAACUGUUAACAGCUAUAAAACCGCGGGCUGUUUUCCAUUCAGACGAUCGUAACUAUCAUUGCAAACUCCACCGUUAAACAUCUUGUUUUUAAGUUUUCUUCAGUGCCAAAGUAAUCCAGUGACGGUUGUCCGUACAUCCAAUUAUAGUUUUAAAAAGUGCUUCUAAUAAGUAAUUCGGCACGCUUAAUUUUCCAACAUGUAAAUUUGUAGCUAAUGGCGUAACUCACUGAAUCCAUAGUAAUAUUAAAUAUCUAUAUUCUGUUUGUUUUCCCAUUUUACCAAGUUACCACACACAAAAGGCAUUGUGCUGAACGACUAAAUUGGGAAGGGUAAAUAUAACGCCAGAGAAGCGACAGUUUCUCAGUGCACGUGAACGCAACACGCCAUACUGUAGCCUGUGUACUCUACUGCGACUGCGCGAUUCGUGUCUCCCGGAAACAUCGGGGUUGUUUGGUAUCCGCUUGUGCAGUAGUCAUCUGUUACAAGGAAAAGCAAAACUUUAAGUGGCCAGCUUUGGGCACGGGAUUGAGGACGCUCGCCCGAACUGUUUUCACUAUGAUUUCUCCGAGUUGAUGAAACGAACUAUAUUGCGAGUGAAAGACAGACGUUUUGUUAAUUCGGCAAAUUACGGGAGCUAGCGUUUAGCUAGCGGUUAGCUAGCCUGUUAGCUGGCUAACUCAUAGCUUUCACUUUGUCAACAAGUUGUGCUCAGGAUGGACUGUGCGGCGUUGGAGCUCGAUGCUUUCAAAUUUGCCAAAACUGCUGUCACCUAUGACCAGAAUGGCAAAUACAACGAGGCUGUCUUUUAUUACAAGGAGGCAGCCCAGGCCCUGAUAUAUGCUGGCAUGGCAGGGUCCAAACUGGACGGAAUCCAGGACAAAGUGAAUGAGUACUUGGAUCGGGUCCAAGCCCUCCACAAUGCCGUACAGGCACAGAAGAGCGACCCGCUGAAGUCCCGGGAGCAGGUGGACCUGGAGCGCGCCCACUUCCUGGUCACCCAGGCCUUCGAGGAAGACGAGAAGGGAAAUGAUGACGAAGCCAUUGAACUGUACACUCAGGCUGUGGAGCUGUGCAUUAAGACGUCCAACGAGACAUCGGACCAGGCGCUGCAGGUCAAGCUGAAGCAGUUAGCACGUCAAGCUUUAGACAGAGCAGAAGGUCUUAAAGAGUCCCAGUCCAAAUCAUCCUCAGCCCAAACUCAGGACAGGACCGGGCCCUCUGGAACCAAGCCCUCCAGUGGUGGCAGUGCCGGGGGACCAGUCCGCCAGUUUUUCCCCCUCGGGCCAGACUUCUCGCUCCACGACCGACCUCAGCCCCAGCCGGUCCGGGCAGUGCAGUCCAGUGAGCCGCAGGGUCAGCGCUACACAUCUGAAGAGAUUGAAGUGCUUAGGAGUACAUCUACAAUCAAUGGCAUAGCUUAUGUACCGUUCAUGAGUGUGGAUCUGAAGGAGCGAUUUGCCUUUCCUGUCCCUUUCUCGGACAAAACAGGAAAACUGGCACUGUCCCCCAAACAGAAGGCCAUCUUCUCCCGCUGGGUCCGGCCAGACGAGAUCUGCAAUAACCCCACCAUGAUCAUGUCUGUGUCCAGCUUCAGUAUCAAACAGACGGUGGUGUCUGACUGUUCCUUUGUGGCAUCACUAGCCAUCAGCGCAGCCUACGAGAGGCGCUAUAACAAGAAACUUAUCACCAGCAUCAUCUACCCUCAGAACAGACGAGGGGAGCCAGAGUAUAACCCCUGUGGGAAGUACAUGGUCAAGCUUCACAUCAAUGGAGUUCCCAGGAAGGUGAUUAUAGAUGACUACCUGCCGGUGGAUCGUAACGGAGAGCUGCUGUGCUCCUACUCCAGCAACAGGAACGAGCUCUGGGUGUCCCUGAUAGAGAAAGCCUACAUGAAGGUGAUGGGAGGCUACGACUUCCCUGGCUCCAACUCGAACAUUGAUUUGCACGCACUCACUGGCUGGAUCCCUGAACGCAUCGCUAUGCACUCUGACAAUCAAUCAUUCAGCAAGGACGACACCUUCCGCAUGCUCUUCCAGAGGUUUCGCAGGGGUGACGUCCUCAUUACCACGGCAACGGGGGUGAUGACAGAGGAAGAAGGGGAUAAAUGGGGUUUAGUGCCAACACACGCCUACGCUGUUCUUGACAUCAGGGAAUACAAGGGAAUGCGUUUCCUGCAGCUGAAGAAUCCGUGGAGUCACCUGCGGUGGAAGGGGCGCUACAGUGAACGGGAUGAGAAGAACUGGACUCCCGAGCUCCUCAAAUACCUCAACUUUGACCCCAAGACGGCACAGAAGUUUGACAAUGGGGUUUUCUGGAUCGCAUGGGAGGACCUUUGUCAGUACUACGAUGUCAUCUACCUGAGCUGGAACCCUGCCCUGUUCAAAGAGUCCUCCUGUAUUCACAGUAGCUGGGAUGGGAAGCAGGGCCCAGUGAAAGACGUCUACAGCCUGGCCAACAAUCCCCAGUACAAGCUGGAAGUCCAGUGUCCAACAGGAGGAGCUGCUGUGUGGGUGCUGCUAACCAGACACAUCACUGACAAGGAUGAUUUUGCACAAAACAGGGAGUUUAUCACCCUGGUCGUUUACAAGACAGACGGGAAGAAGGUUUACUACCCAGCCGACCCCCCUCCUUACAUCGACGGCAUCCGUAUCAACAGCCCACACUACCUGACCAAGAUAAGACUGACCAGUGCGGGGACGCACACCUUCACACUGGUGGUUUCCCAGUACGAGAAACAAAACACCAUCAACUACACACUACGGGUGUACUCUGGCUGCAAAUUCACCUUCUCCAAGAUCCCAAAUCCCUUUACUCACACCAGAAGGAUCAACGGCCAGUGGAAGGGGCUCAGUGCUGGAGGUUGUGGGAACUAUAAGGACUCCUACAAACACAACCCGAUCUAUCAGAUUAACCUGGAGCGGUCGGGACCUCUGCUCGUCGAGCUCCGAGGAUCCAGGCAGUACAGCGUUGGGUUUGAGAUGGUGACGGUGUCGACGGUGGGGGAUCCGGGUCCGGCAGCCUUCCAGAAGAAGAGCAGCGGAGAUUACAGAUGUGGUUUCUGCUACAUGGAGGUGGACCACGUCCCAGCAGGCAUCUACAAUGUCACCCCCACCACCUUCCUGCCCAAACAGGAAGGACCCUUCUUCUUGGACUUCGCCAGUACCUCGACACUCAAGGUCUCUCAGCUCCAGUGAGGGUGGAGCUGGAGCGAGAGGACGUGGCAGGGACGGGGAGGAAGGUGCUUCCGUCGUCAGGGCGUCGAGGGAUAUUUCUGAUGUUUUAGAUUGAAUGUGAUGAGGUGUCAGCGCCUCCAUGAAGCCCAAAGAACCCAGAAUGUGACUGGUAGCCUCGAGUGAACACCAUCUCAAACAGCCUUUCCCUGUCCUCUCUCACUCAGUCCUUUGCCGACGGCGAACGGACGGAUCAGAGGCUUGAACUUCAACAUUGACUUGAUGAUAUCACACAGUUAUGGUGAAGGAAUAAAUUAUUAAUAAGGAGUCGUCAAGAGGAACUUCAGUGUGGAAUAAAACCCAUCAACCAUCACGGCAUUUUGGGACACAAUAAAUAAUAUUUUCACCAAAAAAUAAACAGUCAGCAGUAUCAACUGUAUGCACCUUCACCUGAGGGAUUCAUUUGCAUCGACGCCGCUGUAAAAUCUGAUGGAUUCCACGUGACGACAGCGGUCAUAUGACCACAUCCUGGACUGGACUGGAUGUGGAGAAGCAACGGUUGAAUUUAACACCAGCUGCUGGUGAAGCAGCAGAAAUGGUGUCAACACUUCCUGAAAGCGUAAAGUUCUUUUCAGGUUCUGCGUGAAAUGAAAUCUCAGACCACAGUGAGCCUCUGGCUUUGCAGCAGCAUUUUGUGUUUGUCCUUUUCCUGUUUCAUCAUGAAAAUGCCCCCGUGACCCCGUGACCCUGUCACCCAGCACCAGUGUUGGACCUCACCAAUUCUUUUAUGUCUAAAUGGGAGCAAAUCCCUGCAGCCAGGUUCCAGCAGCUGGUAGAAAGCUCGAAACGAGCAGAGUGGAGUGUCAGAGCAGCUUAUUAAUGCCCAUGGUUUUUAAGCAUGGCAUGUUCAACACAAAUGACUGUAAUGUUUAAUUCUCCAUAAGCUUUUGGCCGAGUUGUGGAUCUUAGUUGAGACUUUGGAUGCAAUUUGACAAUUUUUGUAGGACACAGACUUCGAUGUCCUGUUCAUCCAAUCAGGCCACUCAUAGCCCAGCCAGUGAUACGUCCAUACAGACAGGUGAAGGAAAGGUUCAUGACGAUGUCUCAGUGAGACCUGUCAGUCAUUUGUUGUCAGCUGUCUGCAGUAAAUAACAUUCAUAGCCAACUGACAACAAGCCUCUCAACAGGAACAGUUUAUAUUUCAAAGCCGGCUGUUUGGAGCUAUAAAUAAAAAUAGAAUAAUGAGAGAGAAACAUGAUUUUGUGUCAUGGAAACGCACAGAUGUAGACACGAACAUGGAAAAGUUACUGAAUGCGUCCAGGACCACAGCAUUUGUCACAAAACAGAAUAUGGCUUUACCCAAAUCAGGCUUCUUGCCGUUUAGUUUGUCUCCAGGGAGUUAAAUAGUCCAGAUUCUCUGCCAGAAUAGUGAUAGGUGGCGGUGGUUAGUUUCCUCACAUGACCAUGAAGGUUUUUUAAAUUCUCAGGAGCAGUGCAGCAGAGCAGCACCACAGGGAAUCCAGUACAGCAGCAGCUGAAUGAUGCCUCUUCAUGUUGUCUGUGGAUGUGACGGCUGAGGGAGAAAUAUCAGCCUGGUUUCACUGACAGGCCUCACGCAUCUCAGCGCUGCAUGAGACAGGUAUCACACACUGUAUGUGUGAUACCUGUGUGUGUCUGUGCGUGUGUGUGUGUGUAUGAAGACGUUUGAUUUUCAUUGUAAACCCUUUAAAGGUAAAACUUUAAAUGUAUUGCCAAGUACACAUCCUCUGUUUACUUUUAUACCAAAACUACCAAACUACUUUUU